AUGUGCUCUCGAAGCAACGCAUACCAGCCUUGUAUAUUGUGGUACGGUGGCUCACAGCUUGUGUGUAUCUGGGAGUUCAUGCUAGUUUAUGGCACGACGUCCUGUAGAACAAGGCGAACAGCCGUGGAGUCGAGUGGACGGUUCGCAACCGAGGCAGCGUCAUGGUCGACAAAAGCGGUACGACGAAAAAUAAUCACCCUACGGAUUUCCAUCAGCAUCAAAAGAGACCGGGUUGGAAGGACUGAGCCGGUACGCGGAAGGCGAUGCCAUAGAGCCCGAGCUCCCUAUUGCGCCGCCUAUAAAGACCGUCCGAAAGAUUUGGUUGGCAUACAUAUCCAGUCUCUCCUCAUUAAGAUGCCAUCGUCGGGGGUACGCAACAGCUGUGGCGACACCAUCCUGUGCGCUGUGAAGCACCCGAAGAUCGCUACUCCAGAGACGAUUGGAAAUAAGAAAGAAUACUCGGCCACCUGGGAAAGUCAGCGAAUGAGGCCUAAAGGCUGA